CAGAGGGGCCUGGCAGAGAAAAAGGUGCUCAACCCAUGGCGGCCUGGAAGCGGAGGACAAGAACUCACUCUUCCAGCCGUGCCCCCAGUGACUGCCUCCCAGGCCCGCCUCCUGACCUCGCCUUCAGCUAAAGGCUGCUCUAUGGAUGAAGCCUCUGCCCAUCAGCUCUUCCUGGUCACUGCCUGCCAGGACGCCCACUAUGGUGCCCGCAUCCAGGAGACCUGCCUCACCCGCUUCCAGGAGGACAUGGAGGCCAUGGGGAGGACCCUGUGGUGCGACUGGGGCAAGACCUUCGGGAGCUACAGGGACCUCACUGACUGCACCCGGGACGUGGCAGAGAGGCUGGGCUGCUUCUGGCCCAACGUGGAGGUGGACAAGUUCUUCGUGGCCGUCCACCAGCGUUACUUCCACAGCUGCCCCAUCUCUGGCAGGGCCGUGGGGGACCCUCCCAGCACCAUCCUCUGCCCCUUCGUCGUGGUCCCCAUCACGGUGACCCUGCUGGUGACGGCACUGGUGGUCUGGAGGAGCAAGCGCACAGAGGGCAUUGUGUAAGUGGCCCAGGCCACCUGCUGGGGGCGAUGAGAGGCCCCAGAACUUGAGAGUGGCCCUGCCUGACUGCCUUGGCCGGAGCUGGGGGCUGCCCCGGCUCACCUCCCUGUCCCCACGUGCUGGUGACCACCAUGACGCCCUGAGCAUCAGCUCAGGCUGCACACCCUGUAGCUGUGUUUUGUGGAUGAGUAGUUGUGAUUAAAACCACGCU